ACGUGCGCUCGUGCGCUCACUCCAGUCCGUCGCGAGCCGUCGCGUCAGUCGGGUUGUAUUGUUCCGUGGCAUCUCCGACUCCGAGUCGUCUCUCCGCUGUAGUUUCCCAGCUCGAUUUCCUGCGCGAGGUUUGGGAAUGUGUCCCGGGCGACCUCGUUGAAUGUCAGUGAGUCGUUCGCACGAGCAAGAGCAACAGAGGGGUCUGAAAGUCGGUUGUAGCCAGAGGCCGACAACAUGAGGAACUCGACGUUACUGAAAUGGGCGCAGAAUUCGGCGAACAAUAAAAAUCAGCCGAGUAAAAACGGAGGAACGAGUAGGAACUGGAUACACCCACCGGACGCGCUCCAAAAAGGACACAUCGCCUACCUAGUCAAGUAUUUGGGCAGCACAGAGGUGGACCAACCCAAAGGGAUCGAGGUCGUUAAGGAGGCGAUCUGCAAACUGAAAUUCAAUCAGCAACUCAAGAAGAGCGAAGGCACGAAAACCCCGAAGGUCGAGCUCACCAUAAGCAUCGAUGGCGUGGCGAUACAGGAACCAAAAACGAAAACGACGCCCAAGCGAAUUAUGCAUCAGUAUCCGUUACAUAGAAUCUCGUACUGCGCCGACGACAAAGGGGAGAAGAAGUUCUUCAGUUUCAUCGCGAAGGAAGAGGACGCGGAGAGGCAUACAUGCUUCGUUUUCGUCAGCGAUAAACUAGCCGAGGAAAUCACGCUGACCAUCGGCCAAGCUUUCGAUUUGGCCUACAGGAGGUUCCUGGAAACAUCCGGCAAGGAUUUAGAGACACAACGACGUUGUAUGGUCCUGCAGCAGAAGAUAAAGCGACUCGAACACGAAAACAAUGUUUAUCGGCAACGAUUGCAGGACGUCGCGGCUAUUAAAGGCUCGGCGGAUGUGUCGGCGUACCUAUCGCAACAUAAUAUACCCGAUAUUCUUCACGUACCUGGAGCUCCUACGGAUUCACCGCAAGUCAAUGGUACGAUUAGCCAGCCAUUGCUGAACAUGAGCGACAGCAACGGAAAUACAUCUAAUGGACCACAGCAACCGCCACCAGUUCCACCGAGAAGUUUCGAGAAGAGUUUUGACGAUGAUUUCAUGGGAAAUGAGCCAGCGCCAAUGCCGUCGGUUGGCACUAAAUUGGAAGGACUGUUGAUGGACGAGUUUGAGGAAGAUUUCAAUCCAAGAGCUUACGAGACCGCAACCAACGGUCUUGCCAAUCAUCAGUCAAAUAACAAUCCGCUCCUUAACGGUCAGAUAUCUUCAGGAUCGAUCUUCUUCUCGCAAUCUAACGGCACAACCAGUCCUCCGCCCCUGUUGGCACCACCACCAAAGACGAAAGACUCGAGACGUCAAAAUGGAAUCAAGGAAGAUCUGUUUGGUAGCAUUCCUUUUAAUCCUACGCCGACUUUAAACAUGAAGAAUGAAUUUAAGGAUCCGUUUGAAAUGGGAGAAUUCGGAGCUUCGACCAUGACAUCUAAUCCUAGCCAGCAAGAACUGGAAAACGCUAUCGGUCUGCUAGACAAGAAGCUGCUGGAGAUGAAGGAUGGUUUUAGUAGAGGGCUGUGCAUCGGAACGGAUGACUUUUCUUUGGAGAGCUUGGACCCACUGCGGAAUUAAAAUCGCCAAUCAGAUCGGAAGUUACGAGCGUUCGAACGAGAACUUUAUUAAGUGCUCUUAAGAUGCAGAGUACGAAAUACCAAUUAAUACGGAUAAAGCAAUUAGGGAUUAUGUCCGUGUAAAACCAAAAUUAGUCAAUUAUUACUAUUACCCUACUCGUAUAUUUAUGAUCAUGUUCGAUAUUUAUGGUACACAUUUAUGUGAAAUAAUUCUAUAAGCGUGUAUCCUUCUACACUCGCUAGUAAUCUACGCUAUUCUAUUCGUCGCUUUAGAACUGGGGUCCAAUCUGAAUGACGCACUGAAAAUGCGUUAUCGUUGUUAAUGAUCAGUCAGUGAGAGGAGAUCUCAAGUCGACCGUUAGAGUGGAAUGAGACAUUAUUCUAAUCGAGACAACAUAAUUAUAUAGACGAAAAUUUGUUAAAAUUUGUUAUAUAUAUAUAUAUAUAUAUAUAUAUAUAUAUAACUAAUUUUAUGUAUGUAUGUAUGUAUAUAUACAUACACAAUUUUUUCUUGUCGCGAAUCUCAUCGACGAGAAUUUGAUAUAUAUGUAUAUGUAUAUACAAUUUUUCUUAUCGCGAAUCUCAUAUCGACGAUGGUAUGCUUGCGUCUUUCAUAUUUUUUAACGAGAUAUUGAAAAAGAACUAAUAAAUAUUAUAAUUUUGUAGCCAUUGAAUUGAAGAAUUGGUGACGGCCGAGCAAUCUCUUACAUUCUAAAGCUACAAUUGAUAAUACACAUUUUACACUCGGCCUAGUUUGAUUUAAACUCGUCACAUUGUUGUUCAAUCGUCUGUCGAAAAGUGAGCUAGUAGAUGAAAAAAAAAAAAACAAAAAAAACGGAGCACUAACGUAGUAGCGUUUAGAAAUCACACUAAUAAUACGAACGCAUAGCUUUCAUAGUCUGUCGAUUGAACUCAUACACUCAACAUAUCCUCUUUCUUUGGUCUGUCGUACAUACCUUCACCUUGCUUUUAACGCGCGAACGUAAGUGAUAGGAAAAAAAAAAGUUAAUUGUAGGAGCGUAUGAAAACUUUCGGCUGUAGAGUUUACGGUAAUGUCUACGUAUCGCGAUCCGACCAAACGUAAGGCGUUAAACGAGUUCACGUUUAUCGCUACAGAGAGGAUUAGUAAUUAUGUACAUAUGAAAUAUUAUUGUUGCUAUAUUGUUUAAGAUAUAAUAGUUAAGAAUAUAGCAUAUGAUUAUUACAACAAAAA